AUGAGAAUAAAUGAGAACAUCGCUAUCUCAAAGCAGGACCGCGUGCUGCUCGUUCCCUACGAACGCCACCAUGUGGACCGCUACAACACCUGGAUGAAAAGCCCGGAGAUCCAAGAGGCAACGGCGUCGGAGCCGUUGACUAUAGAGGAGGAGUAUGAGAACCAGCAGUCAUGGCGCGAGUCCCACGACAAGCUCACCUUCAUCCUCUGCAAGCCAGCCGCCAUCAGCGACGAGCCCGACGCAGCCGUCCAGGCAGGCGACGUCGACAGCCCCGACAAGAUGAUCGGCGACAUCAACUUCUUCGUCUACCCCUGGCUCGACGAGGCCGAGGAGCUGGGGACGGAUCUGCCCUACGUCGAGAACCUCAACUGCGUCGGGGAGAUCGACGUCAUGAUCGCGUCCCACGAGGACCGCGGCAGGGGCCUGGGCAGGGCCGCGGUGUCGACGUUCUUGCACUACAUCUGGUCCAACCGCCUGGCGAUCCUGCGGCAGUACCAGCCCGCCGUGCAGCUGUACCUCAAGUACCUCAUGGUCAAGAUCAAGGCGACCAACGCGCGCAGCAUCGCCCUCUUCAAGAGCCUGGGCUUCGAGCAGGAGGGCGGCCUCAGCUACUUCGGGGAGGUGGAGCUGGUGCUGCACGACCUUGAGCGCCUGGCCACGCCUCCGGAGGGGUACCGGGUGGUUGGAUAUAAGCGUCCGGCCAACUGA